UCACUGAUCAUUUUCAUUUGCAUCAAGAUUAUAAACGAAUGUUGAUUGAGUUGAUCAGCUUUAACGAGCACUGCUUGUGAACACAACUAAUGUUGCACAAACAUCCAAAUGAAGGAUCACAUAUCUACAAUGAUGGAAUCAAAUAUAAUCAUCAAGUGUUGAUCUGUAACGACUCCACAUUAUCUGGAAUGAUUGAUCCAGUACGCAUUCGAUUAAUAUUGAAAGUGUUUCUAACCAAUAUCCUUCAAGUCUUUCUAUCAAUGUUCAUGACUGCAAUAGUGUGGGCAAUAGAUGAUAUCGUUAUAAUUCUUAACGAACAUGAUUGGAUUCUUUAUAUUUUAAGUUUCAUUUCGAUUGGUGCAACCAUUACGAUUAUCCUUAUUCAGAGAUUUCCACAUUUGAAAUACUUCACGGAUUUCCUUUACGUACUAUUUACAUUCAGCUUUGCUGGUGUGAUAACCUAUCUUUCAAUCUACGUGAAGGGAAUGUUCAUAUUUAUCAGUUGGAUUUUGGCCAUCAUUCUCUCAGUGUUAUUGUUUAUAGUUGGAAUAAACAUUAAACGUGAUUUGGUCAGUUAUUUUUGGUCAUUUUUGUUUUAUGCCAUUAUCGUCAUUCUUAUCAUAUUUGUACUGGUGAUCCCAUGGAUUUAUCAAGUUAUUGCGUAAUACAACGUGUACGAGAUUGAUUGAAUUUAGUGUCACAAAAAUGAACUUGAUGUCACAUGUGAUUGAGUGGUGGCUCGAAUGAAACCGACAGUUGAAUGGUUGAUUUGCCUUCUGAUAAUUGAUUUAACUUUGAAUUUCAGGUGACGUGGGCGAUUGGUCCCCUUGUUCUAGCCAUCGUAAUUCCGGCUAGUUUAAUUGAAGCUCAAAUAUUCUGUGGAGGAAGAGCAAUCUACUACAGAUCUGAAGAUUUCAUAUUUGCAUCAAUGGUUCAUUUGUUCUUACUCACUUUCUCAUAUUCUGGAUUUAUUUUACUGUUUCUCAACAUUAAAUUAUCUUAGAUAUUGACAGUUUGUGUGAUGUCUCAAUGUGAUAUUUCCACUUGUAAUUGUGUACUUUUGAUGAUGCAGUAGAACAAGAAAGAAUGAUGAAUAUGAGAAUUUCAGUGUUUGUUCACUUGUGUUCAUUUCUAUUUAUUGUGUACGUGAUUAAGCAGAAUCGCAAUUGAGAAUAUUCAGUUUUGAAUGAACUGAUCACUGUGAGUUUGUUUUGUCAACUGUGAAAGGGAGUUUCUGUGAAUCAUCCGAACUGUAGUUUGUAUUAUACCGUUGAUUUUGUGUAGAUGGUGAUUGGGAAUGUGGAAGUAAUAUAGUAGUAUCCUGUUGAUGAUAUUAUUGAAUUGUUCGAAAGAAAUUGAAU